CUAAAAGGGGAAGAAGAGGAUCGGCCCAAGGAGGAGGAAGAAGAGGAAAACAAGAGAAACAGCUAGUACAGCAGAGAGGAACGUGUGCCCAGAGGUCCUGGUCCCUGUGGAGCUAGAAGCUGAGACCCCCGUGCCUUGCCCACCCGUCAGCUCCACAUCAGCCUGCCACCUCUCCACUGAGGCCAUGGGCCCAGGGGCUCUGCUGGUCCUGCUGGGGGCCACAACUUGGCAUGUACAAGGAGUCCCCGUGAUAGAACCCAGUGGCCCUGAGCUGGUUGUGGAGCCAGGCACGACGGUGACCCUGCGUUGUGUGGGCAACGGCAGCGUGGAAUGGGACGGCCCCAUCUUCCCCUACUGGAACCUGGACACUGAGGCCCCCAGCAGCACCUUGACCACGAAUAAUGCCACCUUCCUAAACACUGGGACCUACCGCUGCACGGAGCCUGGAGGCCCACUCGGGGACAGCGCCACCAUUCACCUCUACGUCAAAGACCCCGUCCGACCUUGGAAGGUGCUGGCCGAGGAGGUGACGGUGAUGGAAGGUCAGGACGCGUUGCUGCCCUGCCUGCUCACCGACCCCGCGUUGGAGGCCGGCGUCUCGCUGAUGCGGGUGCGUGGCCGGCCCGUCCUGCGCCAAACCAACUACUCCUUCUCGCCUUGGUAUGGCUUUACCAUCCAUAAGGCCCAGUUCAUGGAGACCCACGGCUACCAAUGCAGCGCCCGGGUAGGCGGCAGCACGGUGACAUCGAUGGGCAUCUGGCUGAAAGUGCAGAAAGUCAUCCCAGGGCCCCCGACCUUGACACUGGAACCUGCAGAGCUGGUACGAGUUCAGGGAGAGACUGCCAAGAUCGUGUGCGCAGCCAGCAACGUUGAUGUUAACUUUGACGUCUUCCUCCAACAUGGAGACACCAAGCUCACAAUCCCUCAACAAUCCGACUUCCAAGGUAACCAGUACCAAAAGGUCCUCACCCUUGAGCUCGAUCACGUAGGCUUCCAAGAUGCCGGCAACUAUUCCUGCGUGGCCACCAAUGUCCGAGGCAUCAACUCCAGGUCCAUGGUCUUCCGGGUAGUAGAGAGAGCCUACCUGAACUUGACCUCCGAGCAGAACCUCCUCCAGGAAGUGACUGUGGGUGAGAAGGUCGAUCUUCAAGUGCAGGUGGAAGCCUACCCAGGCCUGCAAGGUUUGAACUGGACCUAUCUGGGACCUUUCUCUGACCACCAGUCCAAGCUCAAUUUUGUCACGAUGAAGGACACAUACAGGUACACCUCUAUCCUCUCCCUGCCUCGUCUGAAGCCCUCGGAGGCCGGUCGCUACUCCUUCCUGGCCAGAAACACUGGAGGCGAGAGUUCUCUGACCUUUGAGCUCACGCUGCGAUACCCCCCAGAGGUGAGGGUCACAUGGACCAUAGUCAAUGGCUCCGACGCACUGCUCUGUGAAGCCUCCGGGUACCCCCAGCCCAAUGUGACAUGGCUGGAGUGCAGGAGCCACAUGGAUAGGUGUGAUGAGGCCCAAGGGCUGGUCCUAGAGGACUCACAGUCACAGGUGCUGAGCCGGGAGCCCUUCCACAAGGUGAUCGUCCACAGCCUGCUGGCCAUGGAGAGUUUGGAACACAACCGGACCUACGAGUGCCGGGCCCUCAACAGUGUGGGGAACAGCUCGCAGGCCUUCAGGCCCAUCUCUGUAGGAGCCCACGUGCAGCUUUCCGACGAGCCACUCUUCACACCUGUGCUGGUCACCUGCAUGUCCAUCAUGGCCUUGUUGCUGCUGCUGCUCCUACUGCUUUUUUACAAGUACAAGCAGAAGCCCAAGUACCAGGUGCGCUGGAAGAUCAUCGAGAGCUACGAGGGCAACAGCUACACCUUCAUUGACCCCACCCAGCUGCCCUACAACGAGAAGUGGGAGUUUCCCCGCAACAACCUGCAGUUUGGGAAGACUCUCGGAGCCGGUGCCUUUGGGAAGGUGGUGGAGGCCACAGCCUUUGGUCUGGGCACGGAAGAUGCUGUCCUGAAGGUGGCCGUGAAGAUGCUCAAGUCCACGGCUCAUGCAGACGAGAAGGAGGCCCUCAUGUCAGAGCUGAAGAUCAUGAGUCACCUGGGCCAGCACGAGAACAUAGUCAACCUUCUGGGAGCCUGCACUCACGGAGGCCCUGUUCUGGUCAUCACUGAGUACUGUUGCUAUGGAGACCUGCUCAACUUCCUGCGAAGGAAGGCCGAGGCCAUGCUGGGACCCAGCCUGAGUGUGGGCCAGGACCCCGAGGCAGGCGCUGGCUACAAGAACAUCCACCUGGAGAAGAAAUAUGUCCGCAGGGACAGCGGCUUCUCCAGCCAGGGUGUAGAUACCUAUGUGGAGAUGAGGCCUGUCUCUACUUCUUCUUCAAAUGACUCCUUCUCUGAACAAGACAUGGACAAGGAGGAUGGGCGACCAUUGGAGCUGCGGGACCUGCUCCACUUCUCGAGCCAGGUGGCCCAGGGCAUGGCCUUCCUUGCUUCCAAGAACUGCAUCCACCGGGACGUGGCAGCCCGAAAUGUCCUGCUGACCAGUGGGCGUGUGGCCAAGAUUGGGGACUUUGGGCUGGCCAGGGACAUCAUGAAUGACUCCAACUACAUUGUCAAGGGCAAUGCCCGCCUGCCCGUGAAGUGGAUGGCUCCAGAGAGCAUCUUCGAUUGUGUCUACACGGUUCAGAGUGACGUCUGGUCCUACGGCAUCCUGCUCUGGGAAAUCUUCUCGCUCGGGCUGAACCCCUACCCUGGCAUCCUGGUGAACAGCAAGUUCUAUAAACUGGUGAAGGAUGGAUACCAAAUGGCCCAGCCUGCGUUCGCCCCAAAGAACAUAUACAGCAUCAUGCAGGCCUGCUGGGCCCUGGAGCCCACCCGCAGACCCACCUUCCAGCAGAUCUGCUCCCUCCUCCAGGAGCAGGCCCCAGUGGACAGGAGAGCACCUGACUACACCAAUCUGCCCAGCAGCAGCAGCAGCGGCAGCGGCAGCAGCAGUGGCGGCAGUGGCAGUGGCAGUGGCGGCGGCAGCAGUAGUGAGCCAGAGAGCUCCAGUGAGAACCUGGCCUGCUGUGAGCAGGGGGAUAUCGCCCAGCCCCUGCUGCAACCCAACAACUACCAGUUCUGUUGA